UCUCUGAGACAGCUAUUCAAAUAAUGGGAACGGAGUUAGGUAAUCACGGGCUACGUUUAUAAGGUGACUCGAGAAGGUUUUUGAAAGUAACGCGCAUUCAAGUCAACGCAAAGCUACGGCUGUCGUUAGACAAAGAGAAAAUGUUUUUCUUUUAACUGAGCAGCGCACAUGAGCGCAUCAGACGAAAUGAACGCGUGAAAUGACUCGCGUAUGGUUUGGAGUGGGAUUCCUCCACAUCGCGUCCACGUUCCCCGUGGGCUGACAAACACGCAGGGAAACGAGCUCCGUGAAGUCAAAUGCGGUCAACUACUUCAUUUUUCUUUGGCAUUGAACAGGGCGACGCUUUUAACUCCGAAAGCGAUAAAUGCAGAUUUAUGGUGAUGCUCUAAAACGUGAUUGAUUUCUUUCCACCCCCACCAGAACCCCCCGUAUAGUGACGGAACCCACCGACAGCUGCUCGAUAUGCUUCAGUCUUGAGAGGAAUAUUUUCCUUGAAUUUUGAAUAUUUGCCGCUCCUGUUUUUGAAGCUGUCAGCUUUUUUAGAUUAUAACAUUUUCAAGCAGGAUCGAAAAGGACGCGAUACAAAUUCAAGCGGGAUUUUAAUGAGGCGACAAAAUGAAAGGACUGAAGAAAGUACGUAAUCCGGAUCGAAUGUACAGAACCGCCGUCGGUUACACCGGCCACAUUCCUCCUAAGAGUGUCAACGAUGACACAGACAACAACAAUGAACAUGGACAUUUGAAAAUCUACUUGCCCAAGAAGCUUCUGGAAUGCCUUCCCAAAUGCUCCUCCCUUCCCAAGGAGAGACAUCGCUGGAACACCAACGAGGAGAUUGCGGCCUACUUGAUAACAUUCGAGAAACAUGAAGAGUGGCUGACAACGUCCCCCAAAACCAGGCCACAGAAUGGGUCUAUGAUACUCUACAACAGGAAGAAGGUGAAGUACAGGAAAGAUGGCUACUGCUGGAAGAAGAGGAAAGAUGGUAAAACCACACGGGAGGAUCACAUGAAGCUCAAAGUGCAGGGAGUGGAGUGUUUGUACGGCUGCUAUGUCCACUCCUCCAUCAUUCCCACCUUUCACCGCCGCUGUUAUUGGCUGCUACAGAACCCUGACAUUGUGCUGGUCCACUACCUGAACGUGCCCGCCAUAGAGGAUUGUGGGAAACCAUGUGGACCCAUCCUGUGCUCCAUCAACACAGAUAAGAAAGAGUGGGCCAAAUGGACCAAGGAAGAGCUCAUUGGACAGCUCAAGCCCAUGUUUCAUGGCAUCAAGUGGACUUGCAGCAAUGGGAAUAGCAGCACAGGGUUCUCAGCAGAGCAGCUGGUUCAGCAGAUUCUGGACAGCCACCAGACCAAACCACCUCCCCGGACUCACAACUGCCUCUGCACGGGCAACCUGGGUGCUGGAAGCAGCCUGCAUCACAAAUGCAACAGUGCCAAACAUCGUAUCAUCUCCCCUAAAGUGGACCCACGUGCCGGAGGCGCCUACGGCGGCGGCCACUCCGAGGUUCAGAACAACGAUGUGUCCGAAGGCAAGACGGAGCACAGUCACGGCGGGGGCAAAAAUGGCAGGGCGGGUGGCGACGGUGCCGGUGGAACGGGUCGAGAGAAGAGGAACGGCAAGGUGCCCAAGCCGGCACUGCUCCACCAGAAUAGCAUGGAGGUGUCCUCGUCCAAUCAGGUGGAGGUUCCAGACACCACCCAGAGCUCACCCGUCUCCAUCAGCAGCGGGCUUAACUCGGACCCCGACAUAGCCGACAGCCCCGUGGUGGCCGGAAUAGGUCACGUGGCCUCUGUCAUGAGUAGCCUGUCUCAGUCCGCCACGGUUUUUAUGUCUGAGGUUUCUGGUGACCCAGUCUAUAGCAUGUCACCUACCGUAGACCCCAACGCUCACCUCCUGGGUCCAGACACGGCUUCUAGCAGUCUGGUGUUGGCGGUGACGACCGACAGCCAUAAGUUUGCAUUCGCUGGGACGGUGGGCGUAGGGUUAGCAGACGCUGGGUCCACGGAGGGGCUCGCUAUGUUGUCGACAGGCGGCAUGUCAGAAGAACUGGUGCUCUCUAGCAACCUGGAGACCGGGUCUAUCAAACUGCCCGAGACUAAUAUGAACUUUGACCCUGAUUGCUUUCUCAACAACCCCAAGCAAGGUCAAACGUAUGGUGGGAAUGGGUUAAAAACUGAAGAGAGUAACAGUAGCAGCUGCAGUAAUGGAGGAUUGCAAUGUUCUCCGCCUCUAAGUGACAACGGAUAUACUUUCAACCCCGCUCUCGUGAAGAACAUCAAGACAGAGGACACCUCAUUUGAACAACAACUGGCUCACGAAAGUGGAUAUCAAGUGGGUGAGGUGGUGAGCGGUGCGGUCAGCAUCUCUGGAUCCUCAAGCAGUGGUUCGACACAAAACUCUCUGGCUUUGACUCCCACUGGUUCAUUGCUGCCAUCUGGGGGCGGUCUGAGUCCCAGCACAACGCUUGAGCAGAUGGACUUCAGCGCCAUUGACGCCAAACAGGAUUAUCCCGCCAGUGUGAUGUCAGCUGCAGGAUACGGACAGAUAUCCAGCUCUCACCUGGCCCACCAAGGCCACUCGCCCAGCUUCUUCCUGCAAGGCUCUCCCCAGUCCACUCAAAACCAGGCCCACCAGAACAACGGUUCGACCCAGAACUCCCAUGACGCCGCUUACAUGGGCCUGUCGGUCGUGAAGACCCAAGACUCGACGGGCACCAAUGGACAUCUCCACCACCAUCACCACACACAGCACUCCACCUCCAAUUGCAACGGUAGCUCUCCGACAAAAAGAAACGGACUCCAGCUUUUGCAGUACCAGAAUCACUUCUCCAACCCGGGCCAGGAGCACGAGGAAGUCAGUGGCAUGGAACAGCCAGCAGGAGUAGAACCAGGUGAUGGAGGCGGUCAGGAGAAAGAGUCAGAUUGUGUGUUGAAACCAGGAGACCACUUGCAGCCUGGUGAAGGAGGAGAAGGUGACGGUGUAGGGGGCACAGAGCAUUACCUCCAGCAGCCAGCAGAGGGCAACGGGGCAGCGAGGGCAGAAAGUGGAACCUUGUGCAAUGGCGGUGAACGAAACAGAACUUCCAACAGCCCCCAUCAACAGCUCCAGCCGCUUCUGCAAGGAGCCGGUUUGGUGCCGGGUCUUUUCAGCACCGUGGAUGCCCACCAGAGCCUGGGGGGCAGUGGUACCAACGCAGGAGGGUCCAUGGAGAUCAACCUGGACCAUUUUGAUGUUUCCUUCGGUAAUCAGUUCUCAGAUCUCAUCAAUGACUUUAUUUCGGUGGAGGGCGGAAGCGGUGCGGGCGUGGUGGCGGGGGGCAACGCUCUCUAUGGCCAUCAGCUGAUGACCCAUACGGGAACAGAGGGGCAGGUCUCCUCUGGAACCGCGGCACAGCAAGGUGCUGAAGAUGGGGCGAGGGGGUAUAAUUCGACAGACAUCUGCCUGCAGCCCUGCUGUAGCCCUCAGUCUUCUCAGGCCGGGGCAGUGACGGGCGAGGCGGGACAGCUGGCGUACAUGCAGGUGGCCGAAGCCGUGGCGCAUGGGAACAUGGGAAUGUUGCAGGCUACCGGAAGGCUGUUUGUAGUGACGGAUUAUUCUCCAGAGUGGUCCUAUCCAGAGGGCGGGGUGAAGGUGCUUAUAACAGGCCCGUGGCAGGAGGUCAGCAGUGAAUACACCUGCCUGUUUGAUCAGAUCACAGUUCCAGCGUCUCUCAUUCAGCCCGGUGUGCUGCGCUGUUACUGCCCAGCUCAUGAUACAGGUCUGGUGACCCUUCAGGUGGCGGUCAGCAGUCAGAUCAUCUCUAACUCAGUGGUGUUUGAAUAUAAAGCCCGUGCGCUGCCCGCACUGCCCUCCUCACAACAUGACUGGCUCUCUCUGGAUGAUAACCAGUUCAGAAUGUCCAUCCUGGAACGCUUGGAGCAAAUGGAACGAAGGAUGGCUGAGAUGGCCGGACAGCAGCAACAGGGCAGUGGAGGAACGUCGGAUAGCGGAGGACCUUCAGUGGGUGAAGGAGAAGGUGGAAGAGGAAGCUCUGAACAAGCACAGUUUUCAGCAGGUCAGAGUCAGAACCAGGGUCCUGGUGCCGCAGGCAGCUCCUUUGAGAGCCGUGUGGUGGUAGUUUGCGAGAAGAUGAUGAACCGGGCCUGCUGGGCCAAGUCCAAGCACUUGAUUCACUCCAAAACGUUUCGGGGCAUGACUUUAUUACAUCUGGCAGCUGCCCAGGGUUACACCACCCUUAUCCAAACGCUUAUCAAGUGGCGCACUAAACAUGCAGACAGUAUUGACCUGGAACUUGAGGUUGAUCCUUUGAAUGUGGAUCACUUUUCCUGCACACCACUGAUGUGGGCCUGUGCUCUGGGUCACAUGGAAGCAGCCGUGGUUUUGUACAAAUGGGAUCGGCGAGCUUUGGCCAUUCCAGAUUCUUUGGGUCGCUUACCGCUGGCUAUCGCCCGGUCCCGCGGCCACACUAAGCUGGCAGAGUGUUUGGAGAGUCUUCAGAGGGACGAGCAUCAGUCAGGAGCCCUGACUACAACUGCCAGCAUGCCUUUCUCUCCAUCUGCCGAGGCCUCGGCCGCAGAGGGAUGGAUGAACGUUUGGGGAACCGAAACGACUUCAGCUGGACUGAAAGAAAGCACCAUCACUAGUUCUACUUCCAGCACCAGCUCAGACUUGAGGAGACCCAGAUCUGAACCGUCCAGUUUCUACAGCAGCGUCGGUCAUGGGGACGCUCCCUUGAGCAAAAAACACAAACCCAAUCCUGAGACCCACCAAGCUCGACCCAGCAAAUCCUGCUCUGUCCCUCUUGCACUGGAAGAUCAGACCCACAAACCCAAGUCAUGCCCCUCCAAACCUAGAGAAGCAACCCUGGACAGUGAGCCGGGAGAUGAAGAGCGGACUCAGGCCAACUUGGGUUCGACUUGCGGAGGUGGACGAUGGGCUUCUAGACAGGCUGCAGGACGCAGAGUGCCGACUGGCAAAGAAAGACUAGCAAGCAGACUGAGAUUAAGAGAAAUUGCUAGCACAGGAACAAUCUCUGAUCUGCGGACAAGCCAAGAGAAUCUAGAGAACACAGGAGUGCAGAACAUGAACAUGAUGACUUUAGCAGAGGAGGUAAUCGAGGCGACAUCUGAUCGCAUCAAGAGGGAAAACUUGGUCACGUCAGAAACUACACUAGAUGGUGUUGGAGUCAGUAACACCAUGAGCUGGUUGACCAGCUACCUUGGAGAUGCAGAGAGGUUCCUGUUUAACAAGUCCCUAACUUCCUCUCCUGGCAUGGGUGCCAUGCAUGGUGGAGUACAGCCGGACUUUGAAGGUCCCAUUGGAAAACUCGGCCUUCAGUCUCCUGCGGAAUGGACCGCUCUCCUCAACGCUUCCCACGGCAAGGAAGAGCGUGACCUGCCCCAGCUGGCCCUGUCCGACCCCGAACAGAGAGAACUAUACGAGGCAGCCCGUCAGGUCCAGAACACCUUCCGUAGAUACAAGGGUCGCCCGCUUCGUGAGCAGCAGGAACUGGCAGCCGCUGUCAUUCAGCGCUGUUAUAAGAGGUACAAACAGCUGACAUGGAUAGCCUUGAAGUAUGCACUUUAUAAAAAGAUGACGCUGGCCGCCAUCCUCAUCCAGAGUAAAUUCCGCAGCUACCACGAACAGAAGAAGUUCCAGCAGAGUCGCAGGGCAGCCAUGCUGAUCCAGCAAUAUUACCGCAGCUACAAAGAGCUGGGCCGGCCGAACCCACGCAGACGAGCCGCCGCAGCUGCACUAGUGCAGCACAAACUCAGAGGUGGUUUACUGACCAAAAGACAAGAUCAGGCGGCCAGGAAGAUCAUGCGAUUUCUGCUGAGGUGUCGUCACAGCCCCUUGAUGGACCAUAGACUAUUCAAACGGGGUGAAAGAAUUGAGAAAGGCCAAGGAACAUGAGAGCUCCUCGUCGAGUCCCGUCGCAGUGUAACAUCUGAAGUCAGACUCUUCCUUCUGUUUUUACAAGAGACGAUUUACAAAAAAAGCAAAAAUUAUUUAUGAAGCGGAUCAUGGGAAAUGCGACGGUUGAACUCUGCCGGCGAGUUUGACUGCUUCUGCUACUGCGUUGUGUUUUUCUCGCUACGGGGAUCAAGACUUUCGGGGAGAAAUGACAUUAUCUUCAUGGCAUUUUUGCACUCUUCAUAGAUUUUUUCUUUCGAUUACGAUAAAGGAAAAAAGGAACGAAGACCAAGGAUUAAAGGCUUUUUAUUCUGACAGUGCUUGUAAAAUAUCAUCAGAAAUGCAUCAUGCCGGAAAGCCGCUUUACAUUUUUAUAUUUUGAAAGGAAAAAAUACAACAAUCAGUUUGGGAAAAAAAGAACAAAACUUAGAAAAUUUUAACCAAAAAAAGUGACCAUAUGCAUGCAGAGAGAGUAUUUGAUAUCAAUCUAUCAUCUCCACUAAUCUUUGUUUUGACAAAUGCUGUUGUUUCAUUCAAAGGGAAAGCCUUCUUAUGAAUGUAGAUGGGGUCAGGGCAAAAAUGCUGGGUUUGAAAUAUCAGUGUCUUACUUUUUUUGUCUUUGUGAAGGUUGGGGUACUUCUAACCAUGGGUUACCUGUUUCCUGUGCACUGUUUUCUUAUGGGUCCUUUCUUAAUGUCAUCUUUUGCCGGCCUGACUUUGUGUGUCCCGUGUUUGUUGAACUGAUCUGGAUACAGUGCAUGUGUUUGAGCGAAACGCUCCUGCAUGCUAAAGUAAAUGUUUUGUGUUUUAUCCUUUGAUUUUCAUUCAUUCAAAUCUGUGAUUUGAUUGUGGCGCCGUAUAAAACCAACCCUGUUUGUUUCGAAAUAUUGAUAAAGACCAUUAUUUUUUUAUAUAUAGUUCAGUUAUUUAUUUUACUGGCAUUUGUCUUUUUUUGCCUUAAUUGUUUUUAAUUGUGUGAAGGUUUUGAUAUCUUAUGUGCUAUCACUUGUGCCACAGCGCCAAUUGUAUUCGCAAUGUGUAUAUGUUGUGUUGUUUUUUUUUCAUUGUAUCUGUUUGUUUGUUUUUUUUUAAGAGCUCUGAAAUGCUUUUCCAGAGUUUCACAAAACAUUGCCUUGACACCUUGACUUUUUGAAGGGUCCCUAUACAGAAGCUUAAAACUUAAAAAAAAAAUAGUAUUCAUAUUUUUGACUAUUGAGUGGUCCCUGUACAUAUCCAAGAUGGGUGAAGGAACGUUGAUAGCCAGAAACUUUUUCCCGAAAAAGUAUUGUAUUUAAGAAUAUAUAGUAUUUUAUUCAUAAAUUGGAUUAUAACGCAUUAAGAGACGAACAAAAACAUUUAUUGUAUAGUUUUCUUCGAACGCCCAAUUAUAUUGUUUGUAAAUAAUGUAAAUAUGAUUGCAAAGAAGGAGCCAUGUGCAUGAACUUUAAACCACUGAACAUAAUGUAAAGAGUACAUGUGGUCUGUGAAAUGAUCUGAACGACUUCACUUUAAGAAUACUUUGUUGGAAAUGCUCUCCAAAGCAUGACGCUAUCAAAAAUCACGACCAAAACGUGUAGAUUUAGGGGAGAGCCAAACAAAUUCAUCAGACACGACUGGAGUUUUCUCUCUUCUUUUCAGGGGUAGCAUGAAUGAAGUAGUGAUCUUUUGCUGGCGGCGAUCGGUCAUGUGAAAACACAGUUGGAGAUAAAUAAGCUAAACUUUCUGAGAAAUCAGUGUUGGUAAAUCCAGUAUUGAAUGAGCAGAAUUCACUCCCACACCUAACGGUUACUGUACAUCCCGCCGAGAUUAUCACCACAAUUUUAUCCUGACUAGAAAGUGUUCUCACAUUUUAUCGUCUCUUAAAUCCACAUGACAAAUGAUGCCGGUUGGAAUAUUAACUUCUUAGCUACUUUCAGCUUUGUGAGCAGACGACUUGCUUACAUAAAUCUGAACAGGAAUUAAAGUAAAGCCGGUGAUCAACGGACAUCGUGAAUGUAGCCACCAACACGAACAUUUCAGCUUUCAUCCGAAUUUAAGACUGCCAUUCUUCAUUUUACAACUUUCAUGGCUUUAUUCCUACACUGGGCUAUUUUCAACCCAACAUUGGGUUAAAAAGGCACAAGCCCAGACGAUGGAUUAACCCAAAAAAAUUAUUUUGACCCAACAAUGGAAACCCAAGGGGCUGGGCUCGUCCCUUUUUGACUUAACGCUGGCUUGAAAAUAACCCAGCAUUUUUCACGUAUCAUGUUUCUGGGGUGCAUUGAAAACCCCAUGGUCAUGUAAUCACAAAAUCAUCUGACUUCACUUAUACGUGUGUCUACAAGAGAAAAGUGAGACUAACUGAGAAAAUUCAGCUGACGGGAAGCAUCAUUUUAACUUACACCAGCACAUUUAACCUGUUAAAGGAAAGAAUGUGAUGCUUUAUUAUGUGAGCUGAAUUACACAUUUAUUCUCAGCUUCGAUCCCCACAUCAGAUCCAUAGAUGUUAAACGUCUAACUUUAUGAGGAGGAGUAGGAUCGUGCUUUGAAGUUUUACUCAUCUCAGAGACUCAAUAUCAGUAUUAUAGAAAGUGCCUAAAACAUUUUAGCGAGUGUGUUGUUCCUAAAGAAGGUCAAUAUUAACUGACUCCUCUUUUUAACGGUAUGCAAAACCCAAAGGCUGAUUUAACUCUCCAAACUGGAAGUUUGUCACCUUAACGCCCAGGUCUGUUUUUUUAUGUAUAUGAAGUGAAGGCACCUAUCAUGUCAUGUUUCAUUUCACCAUGUUCAUUUGGUUUAUUGUAUUUUGAUUUUAUGAGCAUGUGGUGGUAUAAGAUUUUGUCUGACCCAGUAAAACACUAUGCAUGUUAUUUUUCCAUGUCUCAUCCAAACUGGGCCAGGAAAAUAGGACGUGCUCUGUAAUGUCGCAACUGCCAGCAAAGACGGCCACUGAGAUAUCAAGCGUUUGGGCAUCAAAAUAAUAUUCUUCCAACAUUGCAACGUUCAGGAAGUCAUAACCAGGACUCGCAUGUGAAGCUCACUACAUUCAACUGUUUAAGGAUCACCAGGUAUAUGUAUCUCAAUUCUCUUUCAUCCUAGGGAACAGAAAUGUCCGCCUCCCUUCUGUAGUUUUACUCAGGGUGCUAAAACAGGGAGAGGGAGACAACCUAGGUUAGAUUAAAUCUCCAGGUUCAGCUCAGACCACUGGGAUUAUCUACUUCCAUUUGUACGUCACUACAUUGUUCACUUUGUUAAAAAACCACUAUGAGAACGAGACUGUCAUUUCGGAGAACAGGAUAGGCCGCAUACGAGUUUAUAGACCAUUUUUCCAAAACUGAGCAGGUAUUGUUAUUCAUGUGACACAUCCCCCUCGGGACUGGGACAGCAUAACACGUAUACCUCAGUGUUAAAUACCCUCAGAAUAAGGUGGAUAGCUGGAUCAGUACUGGAUUAUGCUUUCUGUAUGUUUGUGUGAGAGAUGAGAAAUAUGCACUUUGUACAGCUCACCAAUCCCUCUCCAAAUCCCAGUACAUCCUAACUAUGUAUGUGUGUGUACGUGUAUGUGUGUGCAAUGUUUCAACAUAUGAGCUGGUUGCUCUCGAAUAUGGAUGAUGACAUGAGCACACGUCUAAAUGAGGGAAAACACUAUUGGUGCAGUUGGAAGUUUGUACGAUCUCCUAAAUCCUCUUUGGAACUCCGGGAAUGCAGGUUAGGCUUAAAGUGAACGGAUAACCACUCGACUAUAAGCUUUUCACUUACAAACACAGAGCAAUAAACACUUUGUUUUUAGCUGAUCUCCUUAUGUUGAACGAAUAUGGAUUGAGUAGAACAAAAAAAAACAGGAAAAGGGAAAAAACAUUGGGACAUGCUUAGGUUACUUCCUCUUAUGCAAUUACAGGUACACAGAGAGAGGUGGUCAGUGGACAUUAAGUUCAUAUCUCCCAGCCCUUAAUGCACGUUUUCCUCAUUUUAAAAUGAAGAUAAGAAAAAAUAUAGAUAAAAUAUGAGCCCAUAUUUCUUACAGGGCAGUGGGCUUUCGACACUCUGCAUGUGAAGCUAGUAUUAGACCUCCGUUUACCCUCCUCUAGCUCUCUCUCUCUCUUUCUCCUUCAUUUCUGCUUUGUGCCCUUAAAUCCUCCUCUGAUGAGUUUUUCUUCAUGUUCUGUUCUUGGCCGUCUGCCUCUUUCUGUCCUUCUUGUGAGUUUUUAUUUAUUUACUUUGAUUUUUAUGUUUUGUAACUGUGCAUGUGAGAGCAUCACUGAAUUGUUGGAUAUGUUUUAAAAAAUAAAAAAUAUUCAGCUGCUGAAGCCAUGCAAAACAUCUUGAAUUGCCCUUAAAAUAUGGAAAAUGUUUUCUGAAUGCUUUAUAUGAUUUCUGCUGUAAAAUAAAAUCUUAAAAGAUAAA